GUUUUAACAAUACAUGCUGCCAGAGGAGAUGAAUAUGAAUGUAAUGAAGAUUUGCUGAAAGGUGCUGUGUUGACAGCUACAUCAUUUCUUCGGGACAGAGGACCGGAUAAUGCCAGAUUGUAUGGUGACAAUGCAUGGACAGCAUCCAACUCAGAUUUUGACCAGUAUCUGAUCAUUGAUCUGGGUAGUGUGAGGAAUGUCACUCGGAUUGCUACUCAAGGACGACGUCAUUCGUCAGAAUAUGUCAUGGAAUACAGCAUCAGUUACGGCACCAAUGGACUUGAUUAUGCUGAUUACAAAGAGCCUGGAGGUAACACAAAGAUGUUCAAGGGAAAUGUCAAUGGUGAUGGAAUAAGGAAGAAUGCAUUUGAAGUGCCUAUCAUUGCACAGUGGAUUCGUAUAAAUCCAACUCGCUGGCGGGACAGGAUUUCUCUCAGAGUAGAACUCUAUGGCUGUGAUUAUGUGGCAGACAAUCUAUAUUUCAAUGGUUCUGCACUUGUUCGAUGGGAUUUGAUGAGAGACCCCAUUUCAGCAUCACGUGAAUCUAUUAAAUUCAGAUUCAAGACUAAUGUUGCCAAUGGAGUUGUUAUGUACAGUCGUGGUACACAAGGCGAUUACAUUGCUUUACAGCUUAGAGACAACAGAAUGCUUCUCAACAUAGAUCUAGGUGCGGGCAUAAUGACGAGCCUUUCAGUUGGUAGUCUUCUGGAUGACAACAUUUGGCAUGAUGUGGUGAUCUCACGUAACAGAAAAGACAUCAUGUUUUCUGUUGACAGAGUUCAGAUUCGAGGCAGAAUCAAGGGUGAAUUUUACAGACUGAAUCUUAACAGAGGUUUCUAUAUUGGAGGAGUUCCUAACAAGCAAGAUGGCUUGAUUGUCAUGCAGAAUUUCACAGGCUGCAUGGAGAACCUGUACCUUAACUCAACUAAUGUGAUCAGCAGUAUUAAAGAAGCUACAAGUUAUGGUGAUACAUACUUGUAUGAGAAAGUACACACUCUCUAUAGCUGUCCUGAGCCUCCAAUUAUUCCAGUUACAUUUUUAACAUCACAGUCAUAUGCAAAAUUAAAAGGUUAUGAGGGUGUGAGGUCUCUUAACGUUUCUUUUUCAUUCCGGACGUAUGAAGGAGAUGGCCUCCUGCUUUAUCACAGGUUCACGUCGGAUGGUCAUGUUAAGCUCUUCCUACAUGAAGGUAAAAUUAAGGUUGAACUCUUCACAGCAGGAAAUCCAAAAGCUCUGUUAGACAAUUAUGAAGAAGUGUUUAAUGAUGGAAAAUGGCAUCAAGUGAUACUCACAAUUGGGACCAAUUUUCUAGAGUUGAAUGUAGAUGGGAGACCAAUGAAAACUGUUCGCAUAUUGUCAAUGACUACUGGAAGUGUUUAUUACAUAGCAGGAGCUCCAGUUAAUGUUAUAAAGCACCGAGGAUUUGUGGGAUGUAUGAGAGUGAUCAGCAUAGAUGGGAACUACAAACUGCCGACAGAUUGGAAAGAAGAAGAAUACUGCUGUGCCAAUAGUGUUGUGUUUGACACUUGUCAAAUGACUGACCGAUGCAAUCCAAAUCCCUGCAAACACUUGGGAGUUUGCAAGCAGAACUCAAUGGAGUUUUUCUGUGAUUGUACCAAUACUGGGUAUUCAGGAGCUGUCUGCCAUACUUCCUUGAAUCCUUUGUCAUGUACUGCGUACAAAAAUACAAAUGCUGUUAACCAGAGAGCAGAGAUGAAGAUUGACGUUGAUGGAAGUGGUCCUCUGCGUCCAUUCCCAGUAACAUGCGAGUUCUAUGCGGAUGGAAGAGUUCUGACUGUGGUGAACCACAGGAAUGAAGGAACAACACCAGUAGAUGGUUUCCCAGAACCUGGAAGUUUUGUGCAGGAUAUAAUGUAUGAUGCAGAUAUGGAUCAAAUAGAAGCUCUCAUCAACAGAUCUGCAACAUGUCAGCAGAGACUGCGCUAUGAAUGCAAGCAGUCACGUCUUUUCAACUCUCCAUCUGAUGAAGGAAAUUUCCGUCCCUCUUCUUGGUGGGUUUCACGUUACAAUCAGCGCAUGGAUUACUGGGGUGGUUCUCUGCCAGGCUCUCGCAAAUGUGAGUGCGGGAUCAUGGGGAAGUGUGUGGACACCACUAAGUGGUGUAAUUGUGACUCAGGUUUAGAUAGCUGGUUGGAAGACGGAGGAGAUCUGACACAUAAGGAACAUCUGCCUGUUAAACAGCUGCGAUUUGGUGACACAGGGAGUCCAUUAGAUGAAAAGGAGGGUCGAUACACCUUGGGUCCUCUCAUGUGUGAAGGAGAUGACUUAUUCAACAAUGUUGUAACAUUCCGCAUUGCUGAUGCUUCUAUAAACCUCCCAACAUUUGAUAUGGGGCAUAGUGGAGAUAUUUACUUUGAGUUCAAGACCACUGUUGAGAAUGCUGUCAUCAUCCAUAGCAAGGGACCAACUGAUUAUAUAAAAAUCUCCAUCAUUGGUGGUGAUCAGUUGCAGUUUCAGUAUCAGGCUGGCAGUGGCCCACUUGGAGUGAGUGUGGAUACUGCAUACAGAUUAGCUGACAACAACUGGCAUUCUGUAUCUGUGGAAAGGAACAGGAAAGAAGCUCGAAUUGUCGUUGAUGGUGCACUGAAGGCUGAAGUGAGAGAACCACCUGGACCUGUGAGGGCACUGCACCUUACAUCAGAUCUGGUUGUUGGAUCAACUGUGGACUAUCGUGAUGGUUUUGUGGGCUGCAUCAGAGCACUUCUGCUCAAUGGACAACAGACUGACCUACGGGGUCAUGUUAACAGAGGACUCUAUGGUGUAAGUCCAGGUUGCAUUGGUAAAUGUGAAAGCAAUCCCUGUCUCAACAAUGGUACGUGUCUUGAAGGCUAUGACAGUUUCAAAUGUGACUGCCGAUGGACAGCUUUCAAGGGGCCUAUCUGCGCAGAUGAAAUUGGAGUUAACAUGCGGCCUGAAUCUAUCAUAAAAUAUGAUUUUAUGGGCAGUUGGAGGUCAACCAUAUCAGAAAAUAUUCGUGUUGGAUUCACAACUACCAACCCUAAAGGUUUCCUCCUCGGAUUUUCAUCAAAUAUUUCUGGAGAAUAUAUGACAAUCAUGAUCUCUAACAGUGGUCACUUGCGAGUGGUGUUUGAUUUUGGGUUUGAACGUCAGGAAUUAAUAUUUCCUGGUAAGCAUUUUGGGUUGGGUCAGUACCAUGAUGUUCGCAUCACUCGGAAAGAUUCAGGUUCCAAGCUCAUCAUGCAGGUUGACAAUUAUGAACCACAAGAAUUUUACUUUAAUAUCAAGGCUUCCGCAGAUGCACAGUUUAACAAUAUCCAGUACAUGUACAUAGGACGCAAUGAAUCUAUGACAGAAGGUUUCAUAGGUUGUAUAUCACGUGUGGAGUUUGAUGAUAUCUACCCACUUAAGCUGUUGUUCCAAGAAAAUGGCCCAGCUAAUGUGCGUUCCUUAGGAAAACAACCCUUGACUGAAGACUACUGUGGGGUUGAACCUGUGACACAUCCACCAGAUGUCAUAGAAACAAGGCCUCCCCCAGUUGUGGAUGAAGACAAACUUAGACAAAUAUAUCAGCGUACUGACUCAGCCAUACUUGGAGGUAUUCUGGCCAUUAUCUUCUUAGCAUUGGUAAUAAUGGCUAUACUGAUUGGGCGGUAUUUGGCUCGCCAUAAAGGGGAAUAUUUAACUCAAGAAGACAAAGGAGCAGAGUCUGCAUUGGAUCCAGACUCCGCAGUUGUGCGCUCCACAACGGGCCAUCAGGUGCAGAAGAAAAGGGAGUGGUUUAUCUGAUACGAAAAUAAACAUUACAGGAGUAAAUGCGCUGCUACUGACGUCUGCUUCAACACCAUUUUGCAGCCGAGUCAUCUCUUUGUCAGAAUUAACCAGUUGUGUCUGAAUUUAAAUAGCCACAGGGCUAAAACUUCCAGAAAAACACUAAGUCAAGAAACAUGGGGUAGCUAUUUGGCCUUUCGUUGUAACCACAGCACGAAUUUGGGGUUCAAAACUCUCAGACAGUGAAAGCCAAAUAGUAUAAUGUUUCUGGCAGAGAAACAGAUACUGCAUCAGUGACUUUCUAUCUGUGCUCUGCAUAUGAAGUUUGUUUGAUACUGACACCAGCAAGUUAAAACAUUACAGGUUUUUGAUGGACUAAUGAGGUGUACACUCAUUCUUCUGUAGGAUGGAAUUGACAUCAAAUUCUCUAUCUACUUGAUGAAUUAGGAAUCCAGCCACUUGAGAGUUACUAUCUCAUGAGGUAGUACUGCUUGUGUCAUAUGCAGUGUACUGCUGAUAUGUUUUUCAUUACAAAAUCCUUCAUCUGGAGCUACAUGUCAAACAUUACUUGUUUGGGGGGGGGGGAUGCACUGUAAUUUAAAAUUCAAAUUUUGAUAAUGCAUUGGAUUACAAAAGAUAUUUUUAUGCUAGAAUGCACUCUGAAACACCACACUCCUUUUGGGUUAACCUAUAGAAAAACCAUGCCAUGUACUUUAGUCUCCUUUUAUGACUUUUCUGGAUAGAAAUUGCGGCACCAUAGCAAAAUUGAAACAUGCUCUAACAAUUUAAGGACAUUCCUUAUCCAUUUUCUAAGUCCAUACAUUGUUGACACCAAACAUCUCUUGUCAGUGUCAGGACCCACAUUCUGCAUCUGUUUUUGAAACAGAUUUUUAUUUUGGACUGUCAUUCUAAUUCCAGCUUCCAUAUUUAAAAUUAACCAUAUAUAUUG